UGGAGAACUACCUGUACGAUGUGUUUUUUAAGGCCAGUAAUCUCUCUGAUGUGGCUCUUAAACACAUAAAAAGGUAUUUUGAAGUAAGAUAUAGAGAGUGCGUGAUCAGUAAUGAGGGUAAUGAUAUCUACAAGAUAAGUUUUGCGAAUAAAAAUGAGCAGAAAAAUGUGCUAGACCAGAGGGAUCAUUUCAUCAACAUACCUGGACAAAGGACAGUCCGUGUGAAAGCAUCUGCAAAUCAGACAUGUGUGGCUGUGGUUGAACAACACAAUCAAGUGGACAGGAAUUUAGAAUCUUCAAGCAGCAUGCAGGAACAACAGCAGGUUCAACAAACAUUUCCUGUGUCUGAGAAACAUUUUGCUCUCAUCAAAGAACAGUUUGAGCUAUACAAAAACUCUGAUUUACCUACACUUCAGAUUGAACAGGAACCCGAUGUAAUCCUUUUAAAGGGUCCAAAGACAGAGGUUCUAAAAUGUUAUCAAAAGCUUUCAACACUUAAACAGGGGAUCAUAGAGAAUAGGUUAUCAAAUUAUGCUUUUAUGAACUUCUUGGUUUCAAGUGACAGUAUAAAUCACCUUCAGAAAAGAUUUAAGCAGAGUCUCAAGAGUCCAGUAAUGAUUGAAAUUUCAGGAUCAGAUCUGCUUCUGUUGAGUUUGUCUGAUGGAGCUCUUAAGGAGGCGGCCAAUGCAAUUGAGACAGACCUGUGUUCAGAGACUAUACACUUGAAAAAGUCAUCUGACUUUGCUACGCUAGCGUUUGAACUGAGUAAUGCAGUCAAGCAGGCCAAUCGUGAAAGUGUAAAAGUGGAGCUUAAAUACCAGAAUGAUUCAAAUUCUGACACUGAAGUGCAACUGGUCGGCUUCACUACUAAAGUUACUGAGCUGAUGAACAUCUUGCUUGAAUAUAAAAAAAAACAUCGCAAACAUCAUGUCUGCCUGAGACUUCAAUACCCAGAGAUGGCAAAACAUUUCUCUAAGAUCUUGUUGAUGGCUGGUGUGAAGGAGUGCAGUGUGGAAAUAAAGCCAACAUGUUCAUCUUCCCCAUGCGUCCACCUUACAGGACCUCGAUGUGAAGUUGAAACCCUUGAGUCAUAUCUCCAGUGUGUUGUCACUAGACAUUUAGAGGUGAAAGGACCUGGAGUUCAGCAAUUUUUUCAAGGUGAUGGUGCAACAACUUUGAGAUCAGUGAAAAGUUCUUGUCAGGUUGAAAUUCUGCCCACUGAUGUGCCCGAAAACACAAUAUCAUCCUCUGCUUCAUCAACGAAUCACUCAAUGGACUAUGAUAAUAUAUUACAUAUUAAAGUUGUGGUUGGCCUUGAACAACAACAGGUAGAUGUCAUUAUUUUCUUAAAGAAUCAGGACACCGGAGCUAAUGCUUAA